CAUAGGUAUAUUGCCUUAAUGUAAGUAUAAAUGUUGUAACUUGCUGAUCAUUUGUAAAUGUUAAAUUUCAUUAGUCAAAGAACAUUAUUAGCCAAUUUUAACUAAAGGUGAAUAAACUAAAAUCCUUCUAAUAACUUAUAAGUUUUAGCUGACAUAAUAAUGUAUAAAACAUUUUUUUUUAUUUCAUUUACUUUAUGUGAUUUUUUUAAAAUAAAAUAUUUGUUGAAAUUUUUAGAUCAAUAUAAAAUAUAACUUGACUUUUUUUUAAUAAGUUAAAAAGAAAGAUUAUUGUACAGUUACUCUUUGUUUGUUUUCAGUGAGCUUCAGAAUCAGUUAGUAGCUUUAGAUAAAGAAUUCCAAGAUAUUGUAGCUCAGAAGAAAAACAUAGAAAAUACAAUGCAUGACCUGGAGGAAGAGAAAUUUGACAUGGACAAUGAUAUUGAGAAACGAGAAGGAUCGAGAAAUGGAAGUGCUACAAAAAGAUUUUAAAUAUGUAAAAGAUCGAGAAGCUGUGUUAAUGGGGAAAAGGGCAACAUUUGACUUGAACUUACGCCAUAUUCAUCUGGGAAAGAAAAAUGCUCAUGAUGUUCAUUCAAGAAAGAUGAGAGAAAAAGACUGUAAUAUUAGAAACUUGAAAAAAGCUGAACUUCAAAUAAAGGUUACUGAAGAGACAAUAAAUCAUACAAAAUUAAUUCAUGAAAAAAUAAAAGGUCAUAUGGAUUCAUUACCCAAAGAUGAUGACACACUUCAUAAGAAAAGAGAAGAAUUACAGAAUGAAAUGGAACAAACAAAACAGGCUUUGACUACUCAGGUAUGA